AUGGGGAGAUUGAGAACAGCUUUUCUUGCCAUCUCUCUCGUUUUUCUUGUUUGUGUUUCCGAGGAGAUCAUCUCUCGACGCGGCUCCAACCGCGGCGAGGCUAACGGUGACGACGAUGUGGCAGAACAAACAUGGAUACAUUGUAGAAAAGAUUUGAAAGAUAAGAACAAAGAUUGCCCUCUCUAUAUCCCUCCUCGUGUACCAGCAGCUAAUGAUGCGUACCUAACCGGUUAUCGGCAUUGGUUCAGCAACUGGAUUGAACCUCUCCUUGAUUCUACUACUAGCUAUCCAGCAAGGAAGCUGAUCGAUAAGCCAAAGACAAACAAAAAUAAAAAGGAAAAGACAAAGACAAAUACAAAGAAAAAGACAAAGACAAAGACAAAGAAAAAGACAAAGACAAAGACAAAGGGAAAGACAAAGAGAAAGAAGUUUAGAGUAUCUGCUCCAAACUUUGCACUUGGUCCUGCACAAGGUUUUGCACCAGGUCCUUCACCCCGUUUCGCGCCAGGUCCUGCUCCAACCCCUCAAAGCUAUGACCUUGCACCUUCAAGCUCUUCGUCUCAACCAUCUUCAUAUUCGCCAGCUGAAGCACCAGAUGAAUCAAGGCCUGGUUCGAGUAAGAAGAGAGCAAAGGGUAUUGUUGCUCCUAGUCAAAGUGUUUCAGGUCAUCAUCCUCCUCCACCACCGGAGAAAAAGAAUAAUAUCUUGAUGGAUCUUAUUAUCGCUGUUGCUUCAACAGCAGUAUUAACGUUUUUUCUAGUUGCAUUGUUGUUUUUAUGUUGCUUCAGACGCAACAACCGCAAAAAUGCGGUUGGUCCUAGAAAUGGACCAAGAGAUGAAGGACCACUUCUACAUUUAUCUGAUUUAUCAGCUGGAUCAAAUGAGAACUCUCCAAAGAUUGCAAACAAGAGCAGGAGAUUUUUCACUUCUACUUCUAAAAAGAGAUCGUUUCUUUCUAGAGUAUCUCUAAAGAGAAACAAUCAUGAGUUCAUACCCGCUGCAGCUGCGGCGUCAUCCUCUGGAAUUCCUCUUCCUCCUGGAAGAUCAGCAGCUCCUCUUCCUCCUCCAGUUCCACCACCUCCACAGGCUCCACCACCACCUCCUCCUAAAUCUAAGCCUCCUCCUCCUGCUCCUCCAAAGCUUGUUCGUCCUCCACCUGCACCACCAAAACGUCAAGGACGUAGCUCCUCUGGAGAUGGUUCUGAUGUUGAUUCAGAGACUGGAGCUCCAAAAACAAAACUAAAACCGUUUUUCUGGGAUAAAAUGGCUAACCCUGACCAGAAAAUGGUUUGGCAUGAGAUCAGCGCCGGUUCAUUCCAGUUCAACGAGGAGGCGAUGGAGUCGCUGUUUGGUUACAAUGAUGGGAACAAAAACAAGAAUGGUGGAAGAGGAGACUCAUCUAGAGAAUCUCCUGUUCAGUAUAUACAGAUUAUUGACCCAAGGAAAGCUCAAAACUUAUCUAUUCUACUUCGAGCUUUGAAUGUAACAAUAGAGGAAGUCGUUGAUGCCAUCAAAGAAGGUAAUGAGCUUCCAGUGGAGCUUCUACAAACAUUGUUGAAGAUGGCUCCAACUUCAGAGGAAGAACUCAAACUUAGACUAUACUCUGGAGAUCUUCACUUACUUGGCCCUGCAGAGCGUUUCUUGAAGAUUCUUGUUGAUAUACCUUUUGCGUUUAAACGUAUAGAGUCUCUUAUAUUCAUGAUCUCACUUCAAGAAGAAGUCUCUGGUAUCAAAGAAUCACUCGCAACUCUCGAGGUGGCUUGCAAGAAACUUAAAAACAGCAGACUGUUCCUAAAACUACUAGAAGCAGUUCUCAAGACAGGAAACAGAAUGAAUGUCGGAACUUUCCGUGGUGACGCACAAGCUUUCAAACUCGACACACUCUUGAAACUCUCUGACGUCAAAGGAACUGAUGGCAAAACCACACUCUUACACUUUGUUGUCCUUGAGAUCAUUCGUUCCGAAGGAGUACGUGCUCUCCGCCUCCAGAGAUCAAGCAAAAGCUUCUCCAGCGUUAAUACAGACGAUACCAACACAGACACAAGUCCACAAUCAGUGGAACGUUACAGAAGCACGGGACUUCAAGUGGUUACGGGACUAACAACAGAGCUCGAAGAUGUCAAGAGAGCAGCGAUCAUAGACGCUGAUGGAUUAGCUUCGACACUGACGAGCCUAAGCGGCUCGUUGACGAGCGCGAGGGAGUUUCUGAAAACGAUGGAUGAAGAGAGCGACUUCGAGAAAGCUUUAGCUGGGUUUAUAGAACGUGCGGAUGCUGAUAUCAAAUGGUUGAAGGAAGAAGAAGGGAGGAUCAUGGUGUUGGUGAAAAGUUGUGCUGAUUAUUUCCAUGGGAAAGCUGCUAAGAACGAAGGGUUACGUUUGUUUGCUAUAGUGCGUGAUUUCUUGAUAAUGUUGGAGAAAGUUUGCAGAGAAGUUAAAGAAACGACGAUGAUGACGUCGUCGACGAAGACGGUAAAUCAUUCGGGUAAGAAGGAAACCGAAAUGACUCCGGAGAGUAAUCAACCGGAUAACAUUCGACAGCGUUUGUUUCCGGCGAUUGCUGAACGGAGAGCUGACAGUUCGGAUGAUUCAGACAGUGACUAG